AUGUACUUCUUCUGCUCCACUAAGGCUUAUCACGCAGAAGUGGAAAAUCAGGAUACAUGUCUUUCAAGAUCGGGUUCGCUUUCCGCUGCCACCGGUGUAGCGUCCCGAGACUCCCUGAAGACGAAAGAAGACACAAUACUCAAGCAGAAUAUAUAUAUUCAGCGCGGAGAAGGUGUCUGGGCUAUUGCUAUGGCCCAAAAGGCCAGCCCACCCAGCGAGCUGACUUCUGCAAUUUUAGCCGCGCAGCGUGAGUGGUCCGGGAUGAGUUCUGACAGAGGGUUUCAGGAGCGUACUUUCAUCAUGGUUAAGCCUGAUGGCGUCCAACGCGGUCUCGUUGGUGAAAUCAUCAAGCGUUUUGAGCGCCGAGGAUUCAAGCUGGUUGCAAUGAAGUUUAUGCAUGCCGAUGAAGCUCUUCUUAAUAAGCACUAUGAGGCUUUAUCUGGGAAACCUUUCUUCAAGAACCUCAUCGCCUACAUGUCGUCUGGGCCCGUUGUGCCAAUGGUUUGGGAAGGUGCACAGGCUGUAAAACUUGGCCGUAUGAUUCUUGGUGAGACAGAUCCCGCAAAGAGCCUUCCUGGUACCAUCCGCGCCGAUUUUGGUCAGUGUGUUGGUGCCAACAUUGUCCAUGGAUCUGACGCAGUUGAAACUGCUGAUCGCGAAAUUGCGCUUUGGUUCAAAAGCGAGGAACUGGUCAACUUUAAGUCUUGCGUUGCUCCUUACGUCCAUGCCCACUAA